AUGGGUUUGACCCCAAACCACGUAUUGAAAGAUUUUGCCAUGGUCUCCAUACGGGACUCGAUUUUCAUAAUUGGCGGUCGUGAAUGUGAGAAGGUAACAAAAGUGUCCCCUUCCGACCACGAGACGCCCGGAACAAACAUCUCCACCUCCGAGAAGGAUGUCGUGAUCAGAUCGUCGGUCUUGCGCUAUGAUACUUCAACCGGGCUCUGGUCUCAGUGCAGACCACUUAACAAACCGAGGUACGACUUCGCGUGCACGGUUCUUGAGGGAAAAAUCUAUGUGGCCGGAGGGUUGUCCGAGCUGUCGGUUGCCCUGGGCACGUCAUGCGCCGAGGUGUAUGACUUAUCGGAGAACAAAUGGACCGUGUUGCCAAAUAUGUCAACCUUAAGGUACAAAUGUGUUGGGGUGACAUGGCAGGGAAAAGUAUACGUGGUAGGAGGAUUCGUUAAUAAAUUGGACAUGGAUGGAAAAUUUAAUCACGUGGUACGAUGUUCGGUUGAAACAUAUGACCCUCGUACCCAAAAAUGGGACCUAGUGGCGGGUAUGUGGAAGUUAGAUGUGCCACCUAAUCAAAUUGUCCAAGUGGAAGGGACUUUAUUUAGCUCGGGCGAUUGUCUAAACGCAUGGAAAGGGCAUAUAGAUUCAUAUGAUGGAAAGCUUAAAAUUUGGAACAUUGUGGACGGAUCCCAAAUGCAUAUCAACCCUUCAUUUGAUCACGGUUUGAUGUCGAUUCAACGGAUGUACAUGACCAUGGCCCCUAUCGGUACACACCUUUAUUUCUUGGCGGGCUAUCGAAUAGCCGAGGAGGCGUCGAGAAAUGUGUCGAUGGCAUGUGUAUUUGACACGUCGAUAAAGGGAGGAGCGUGGAGCAAAUUGGAACCUAUAGAGGAGGAUGUAGAGAAAGAACUUUGUAGUCAUUGUUGCGUUGUCGAGCUUUCUUAA